AUGAAUGAAAACAUAUCAAGAAAUGAUAUGAUAUAAUGGGUUAAUAAUACAUUAAAAGUAAACUAAUAAUAAUUUUUAAAAGCUUUACUAUUAUAAAAAUAGCUUAGAAUUACUAAAAUAGAAUAACUAGGAACAGGUGCAAUAUAUUGUUAAUUAUUCGAUAUUUUAUUUCCAGGCAAGAUUUAGUUAAGUAAAUUAAAUUGGAAAGCAAAUUAAGAAUAUGAGUUUAUAAAUAAUUUUAAAAUUUUAUAAACCGGAUUCGCUAAAUUAAAUGUUCCAAAGCCAUUAUGCAUAGAAAAAUUAGUAAAAUGCAAAUAUUAAGAUAAUAUAGAAUUUGCAUAAUGGUUUAAAAAAUAUUUCGAUUAACAUAGCGCUAAUAUAAAUAUUUAAGAAUAUGAUUCUGUACAAAAAAGAGGAAAAAAUGAAGUUGAUUUUAGUUUUAUAAAUAUAACCAGUUAAUCAAAACCAAAAAAAUAAAGUGUAAAUAUUGGUGAAUAAAAUACUAGUAACAAUAGUACAAUGUAGCCUAAUUAAAGUCAAUUCGCUUCUCCUACUAAAAUAUCAAAUUUAAAUAAAAAUUUUGAAUAUUAAUUAGAAAUAUCUGAAAUUGAAAAAAGCUUUUAUUUUUCGAAACUAAAAGAUAUUGAUUUUUUGGUUGAUGUUUAUUCAGAAUUAAGCUAAAAUGAUACAAAACUACAUGAUUUAAUUGAUAAGAUAAGAAAAAUAUUAUAUACAACACCCGAUAAAGAAACUAAUAUAGAAGAAUUAGUCAAAAUAUAAAAUAAUUAAGAAGAAAUUUGA